CCUUUUCCCUUACCUCUGAAAACCCAGAUCUGGGUUCUCUCUCAAACUUCAUCUUCUUCCUCCUUUCCUCCUACCUUUCCUUGCUCAUCCUUCUUCUUUCUUCUUCUUAUUCUUUGUCUUUCUCUCUUCUCUCUUCUUCUUCCUCUCUCAAACCUAGAUCUGGGUUUUUCUCUGCCCUUGAGAGUCCAUCCUAUCCCUUCAUGAACCGAAAACGACGGUCUUCUCCUCUGUGCCAGGUACUUGUGCGGUGGAACCCGCCCGUCGUGAUCCUCAUCUCCAUCGUCGGCGUUGUCUCCAUCAUUGUCGCUGUCUCUGUUUUUGUGAUCCUUGUACUCCCUUUUCAAAUUCAGUUCAGCAUGUUCACCGGCACCAGCGAUGCCACCACCUGGCUGCUCAAAUCACUAGCUCUGCAAUCCCUAAUCCCCGCAUUCCUUUACUCUUCUCCCAACUCCCUCUCUUUCGAUUGCAUCCUCAACACCAACCCUACUUUCGCUGCUCCAACCUCCGCCAUCGCGGCUGCUCUUGAUGGACGUGCUGCUGCUUCACCGUCAAUCAAUACAAGGAGCUUCGUCAUCCCUUCACCUAACGAGUUUAGGAAAAAGAUCGAGAUGUACUCGCCUGCAUUCUACACGGUCUGUACUUUUGGAGGAAUCCUUAACUGCAGUCUGAUUCACAUGGCCAUCAUUCCUCUUGACCUUGUCAAGUGCAGUAUGCAAGUAUAGAUCUAGUUUCAUUCUAUUGCUUAUUUUGCAUUUUCUAUGUGUAUUUUCUAAGUUGAUUUGGAGGUUUUCGUGUUGAUUAUUUUCGAGAUUAGAUCUGCAGUUGGCUUGUAUGUGAUUUGGCUCAAAUUGCUUCGUUUCUAGAAAUUCUUUACUCUUUUUAAUCUAUGUUCCCUUCUAUUGGUUGGGUUAGGAGAUCUCGACUUUGUUGUUUGGUAUAUUCGAGAUUAGUUUCCAUGUUAUGUGAUGAAACACAAAUUUGGAUUUGAGAAAAACCUAGAUCUUGGUUUGAGAAAGGAAGAAGCAGAGAAAAAGACAAAGAAGAAGAAGAAGAAAAAAGAAGGAUGAGU